AGGUUCAGCCCGGUGAAAGAAGUGACGCCCCCUGUUGGUGCAUAUAACGACCCUCGCUGCGCCCUGGAAAUGCUGAGGAAGACCACAGGGGUGAAGAAAAGCCCGUUCGGCAUCACCGCAGCACGCUUUAAUCCUAGCUGUAAAAAAAGCUCCUCCCCAGGUCCGGGGUCCUACAAUGUCUUUGAGCAGGGUUUAGCCUGUGAGAGUUUCAAAAGAGCAUUUUUCGAGAGAACCAGGAAGGGAGGCUUCGGCUCCAGUGCUCAGCGCAACUCCAUCUUCAACAACAAGGAAUCGAUUCAAGCCCCGAGUCCAGGGCAGUACGAGACAGAAAAGAAGGCGGAGGAGAACUACAAACAGCAGCGCACCGCCGUCUUCAGAUCAGCCACAGAACGUCUCGUUUCAUCACAACCAGCCAAAGACUCUCCUCCUCCAAACUCUUACAACGUGAGGCCGACGUUUGAGAGCGCUAACAGCCGCUCCCACCUGCAGCCGCGCAGCGAAGGAGCUAAAAGACGUCAGAACUGUUUCCUCUCCGCUGCACCGCGGGAUAAUCUCUUCCUGACAUGUGAUCCAGAUGUACCAGGUCCAGGCCAUUACAACCCAGGGGUGAAAUCCUUCUCUCAAAUGGCUCUGAUUUCCUCCAGAGAAAAUCGAUUCAAAGUCCCCAUGAACACCAACCCUGGGCCCGGAGCUUAUCAGUUGAGUCCCGGUCUCAUGAACACAGUGCUGAAGGGAACCUUCAAUGUGACGCUGGAUAACCCCCUGAGCCCCUGCUGCCCCCCAUGUGUGGCCCCCGGCCCGUUCAAGGCUCACAGGACCAUUACCACCGUCCCACAUAACACCACCUACACCUCGCGCACUUCUUAGAUCUCUUUGAGGGUCAAAGUUCAGAAGUGAAAGGUUGCAGGGUGAGAGAGUGUUAAGUGUUGCAAAGUGAAAAGCACACAAUGCACCGUACAUCUGCAGCUCAUGGUUCCCUGAUUCCUUACUCUAAGUCAUGACAAGCUUGACACUCUGAUUCAGCUGUUUUGUGCAUCAGCUCUCUCUCUCUGUAUAAACCACUCCGUAAAUCAAUAACGAUUAAAAAGCAUUUAAUACCA